UGGCCGCUCGGGGGUGUUGUUAGCGGAAGCAGCCUGACGGGGUCACCGGGUGGCUGGCGGGAGGAUGGCUGCCGGAGCUGCCGUGGUGGGCGCGCCGGCCUUGGAGUCCUUUGAUUUUGGUAGUACUGCUGAUAUUAUUAAACUAAUACCUAAGGAUCUAUUUGCUGAGCUAUGUGAGCGAAUUAUUCAGCAUCUUCACUGUCAGAUCCCAGGUGUAAAUACAGUAGAACUAUGCCAGAGAUUUCAAACAGCUGGAGUUGAAAUGAACGUUGCUGACCUAGCAAAGAUAAUCAAUGUUGUUUCCUUUUUAUUCAGCACAGCAGCCAAAAACAACCUCUCUGCAGAAGAACUCUCCACUGGUCUGGGUAAUGUAAUCAGAAUGCUGCCAAAACAUGCAGUUCAGGUUAUUCGCCAUAUAUGGAAAGAACAGGGCAAAUCUAUCAUUAUGUCAGAAGAUGCUAGAAAUAUGGCAACAGUGGGACAGAUUAUAGAUAUUCAGUGGAAACUGGGAAUGGCAGUGAGCUCUGACAGCUGCAGGUCUCUUAAGUAUCCUUAUGUUACAAUGACACUAAAAGUGGCAGAGCCGUCGGGCCAGAUAAUGAGCAGGUCUUUUGAAAUGACAAUCCCACAGUUCCAGGACUUCUUCAGACAUUUCAAGGAAAUGGCAGCUGUUCUUGAAACAGUUUGAGCAAAACUGUUUAAAUACUUAAAAGACACACUUUACUUGAUCCAAAUAAGCCUUCCUAUCUUGCACAAGUAAUUAAGUGUCAAUGUUUAAGUAAGGUAUGUAUUCUCAUGGUCCUGUCAAGAAUAUUUUUCAAUAUCUUCCUCUUUUUUUGGAUCACACUGAAAGCUUUUUUUAUUUAUGUAACUUUUGUUCUAAAUAUAUGAAAGAACAAACUCUUGCAAGGUGGUAAUCCGAGUAAAAGUGUAUUUAGCUCUAUUCAGGCAGAACAUUGUGACAUAUCCUUAGCUAUGUAACAACCUCAGACUUUUCCUACUGUUCAACAGCAGAAGCUACAUACUGUAUAUAAACUCGGCCAUGUGGAAACACACAUGAAAAUGCUAACUGAGGAGACUACUGGAAGAAGUGUAAACCCUAUGUUUACACUUUUCUCUAUAAAAUCAAUGAUGCCAUUGGUGUGCACAUGGAAUCAAUUAUAUCAUUAUCUACGUAGAGUACAUAAAAUUACAGUCAGCAAGCAUAUUGUUAGCCAUGAGUAGUGUCAUCAAACUGAUAAAUUCCAGUUGUAUCAAGUAGGUUAGAAGCCUGAUUUUUACUCCCUUUUGUUAAUUAUUGGAGAACAUCUUCAUCAUUCUAUUAAUAAAAGAGUAGUAUCACUGAAAUAUUUCCAUAAAUCUGGAUUUACCGUCUCUUAUUGUAGGAAAAUAUCUCUAGUAACAGAGUCUAAAAUCUUAGUUUUGUGCAGGGAAGUUAACGUUGACUAAGCAGAACUUAUAGGUAAGUUUACAUUUAAAAAAAGUGAAUGUGUGUUAAAUAUGUUUGCAGCACAUAAAUACAGUUGAUAGCACAUUAUUUUGUUGCUCAUGUAUGUUCUGUAGUAAAUUCAACUUUAAACUUGUGGCAUGUACUUACUAUUCUGAUCAGCAGAUUUUGUUUCCUAAUUAAACUGGAAGCUUGAUGCAGUUGCAUCA